UUUUUCCACACAUUGAAGGGUACCUUGAAGGGUUUUGACAACGUCAUCAACCUGAUUGUCAAUGACAGCCAUGAAAGAGUCUUCAGCCCGGAUCGGGGGGUGGAACGCGUGCCUCUGGGACUGUCCAUCAUCCGUGGCCAGAAUGUGUAG